AUGGUGGCGAGGUGCGUGCACGCCGAUGCCUUCCGGCUCUGGCCGAUCUUCUCGGCCGCCACGCUGCGGCGCAAGCUUCUUGAGGUCCUCACCUGCGGCGGCGGCGGGGGUGGUGGAGGUUCUUGCCGUGGCCGGGCGUCCUGCCGGUCGCCCAAGCCGCGGACGCAGUCGAUGCCGAGGCCGCGGUCCGACCGGCUCGCGGAGCUGCUCAGGGCCGAGCCGUCCGAGUGCGGCGACGGCGACGACGAGGGCGAGGCUGACGCGGCUGCCAGGAAGGCUGCCGCGCUGGAGGAGCUGAAGGUCGUCGUCGCCGCCCUUCAGGAUGGAGAUGGAGACGGAGAGAGUGCCGGCGGUGUGUCGUGGCGCGUCGAGGCGGCCACGGUGGUGCGGAGGAAGGCCAAGGACGACGCUGCUGCGCGGGAGAUGCUCGCGAUGCUCGGGGCCAUCCCGCCGCUCGUCGCCAUGCUCGACGACAGGGACGGAGCCGGCGAGGAGCUCCUGGCCGCCGCGCUGUACGCGCUCCUGAACUUGGGGAUCGGCAACGACACGAACAAGGCGGCGAUCGUGCAGGCGGGCGCCGUGCACAAGAUGCUCCGCAUUGCGGAGGUCGCGUCGGGCGCACUGACGGAGGCGCUGGUCGCCAACUUCCUCUGCCUGAGCGCGCUGGACGCGAACAAGCCCAUCAUCGGCGCGUCCGGGGCGGCCCCGUUCCUGGUGCGCGCGUUCGAGUCCGCGGCGACCGAGCAGACGCGGCACGACGCCCUGCGCGCGCUCCUGAACCUGUCCAUCGCGGCGGCGAACGCGCCGCACCUGCUGGCGGCGGGGCUGGCGCCGUCGCUGCUGGCGGCCGUCGGGGACGCGUCCGCGUCGGACCGGGCGCUCGCUGGGCUCUGCAACCUCGUGGCGGCCUGCCCGGAGGGCCGGCGCGCGGUGAGCCGCGUCCCGGACGCGGUGCCGGUGCUGGUGGACGUGCUCAACUGGUCGGACGAGGCCGGGUGCCAGGAGAAGGCCGCGUACGUGCUGAUGGUGCUGGCGCACCGCAGCUACGGCGACCGCGCGGCCAUGAGCGAGGCCGGCGCCACGUCCGCGCUGCUGGAGCUGACGCUGGUGGGCACGGCGCUGGCGCAGAGGCGCGCGUCGCGGAUCCUGGAGAUCCUGCGCGCCGACAAGGGCAAGCAGGCCGCCGAGAGCGUCGUGGUGGCCACGGUGUCGGCGCCCCAGGAGCGCGGCGCCGGAGGGCCGUGCCGGGAGGAGGAGGCGGAGGGCGACGAGGCGUGCAUGAGCAACGAGAAGCGCGCCGUGCGGCAGCUGGUGCAGCAGAGCCUGCAGAGCAACCUGCGGCGGAUCGUGCGGCGCGCGCGGCUGCCGCGGGAGCUGGCGCCGGCGUCGGCGUCGGCCGAGAGCCUCAAGGCGCUCACCGCCUCGUCCACCUCCAAGAGCCUGCCGUUCUGAGGCCGGCAGAAAGCAGCGGCGCAGGAACAGAGGCAGGAUCGCAGGAUGGCAGAGAGCAACCAUGAGGAGAUGGUUGGAGAGGAGACUUUGCUGCAUGGCGAUGGCAGUGCGAGCGUUGGAGACCGGGAAUCUCUUGGUGCCUGUGGAAGAGUGAUGGGAGAGUAUGGGCAAUUCUUGUUUAAGCUCUGCUGCUGAUGGAGCCCACGUGCUCGGAUGCGUCGGCACAGGCUCAGAUGUUCUUUGCUCCUAAUCGCUUUUGCUUUGCUAUGUUAAUCUAAUAUAAGCACUGCUCUGUUCUUCUUCCUGCUUUUGUAUAGUUCUAGUUAAAUUUAGUCAUACUACACCUAGUGGUGGUCAGCGUCAGCCAUGGUCGCUCUUUAGCUGUGUGCACAUGAUAUUUUCUUCUUGGAGAGUGUGUGUUAGAGAGAGGAAGGGGGAAGAGGAUG